CGUUCUGAUGUUGUUGUUGUAGUAAUGGCGGCGGCAGUCUCAGAGGCCCCGGAUUCCUGGUAUCUGGCGCUGCUCGGGUUCGCCGAACAUUUCCGAACCUCCAGCCCUCCCAAAAUCCGUCUGUGCGUGCAUUGUCUGCAAGCCGUGUUCCAGUUCAAGCCACCGCAGAGAGUGGAAGCCCGGACGCAUCUACAGCUGGGCUCGGUGCUUUACCACCACACGAAGAACAGCGAGUUGGCCCGCACACACCUCGAGAAAGCGUGGCUGAUCUCACAGCAAGUUGCACAGUUUGAGGAUGUUAAAUUUGAGGCUGCCAGUCUCCUCUCGGAGCUUUACUGUCAACAGAACUUGGUUGAUUCAGCGAAGCCGCUGUUACGGAAAGCCAUCCAGAUCUCACAGCAAACUCCAUACUGGCACUGCAGACUGCUGUUUCAACUCGCUCAACUUCACACGCUAGAGAAGGAUCUGGUGUCCGCGUGUGAUCUGUUGGGUGUCGGAGCAGAAUAUGCCCGAGUGGUUGGAUCUGAAUAUACCAGAGCUCUCUUCCUGUUGAGUAAAGGCAUGUUGCUGUUGAUGGAGCGUAAGCUGCAGGAAGUUCAUCCGCUCCUGACACUAUGUGGACAGAUCGUAGAAACCUGGCAGGGAAACCCCAUCCAGAAAGAGUCGCUGCGUGUGUUCUUCCUCGUGCUGCAGGUCACGCAUUACCUGGACGCUGGACAGGUGAAGAGUGUGAAGCCGUGUUUGAAGCAGCUCCAGCAGUGUAUUCAGACCAUCUCAACGCUCCAUGAUGACGAGAUUCUGCCCAGUAACUCUGCUGAUCUCUUCCACUGGCUGCCAAAAGAGCACAUGUGUGUGCUGGUCUACCUGGUGACUGUGAUGCACUCGAUGCAGGCCGGAUAUCUGGAGAAAGCUCAGAAAUACACAGAUAAAGCUCUCAUGCAGCUGGAGAAACUAAAGAUGUUGGACUGCAGCCCGAUUCUGUCUUCAUUUCAAGUGAUUCUACUGGAGCACAUCAUCAUGUGUCGUCUGGUGACCGGACACAAAGCCACCGCUCUACAGGAGAUCUCUCAGGUGUGUCAGUUGUGUCAGCAGUCUCCGCGGCUCUUCUCCAAUCACGCUGCUCAACUCCACACACUGCUCGGUUUAUACUGUAUCUCUGUGAACUGUAUGGACAACGCUGAAGCUCAGUUCACUACAGCACUAAGGCUCACCACACAUCAGGAGUUGUGGACGUUUAUUGUGACUAAUCUGGCGAGUGUUUACAUCAGAGAGGGCAACAGACAUCAAGAGCUGUAUAGUCUGUUAGAGCGGAUAAAUCCAGACCAAAACUUCCCUGUCAGUUCUCACUGUUUGCGUGCGGCGGCGUUCUACAUCCGUGGACUUCUGUCCUUCUUCCAGGGUCGAUACAACGAAGCCAAGCGUUUCCUCCGAGAGACACUGAAGAUGUCUAACGCUGAGGAUCUCAAUCGUUUGACGGCGUGCUCUCUGGUGCUGCUGGGACACAUAUUCUACGUGCUGGGAAACCACAGAGAGAGCAACAACAUGGUGGUUCCAGCGAUGCAGUUGGCCAGUAAGAUCCCUGAUAUGUCCGUGCAGCUCUGGUCUUCUGCUCUACUGAAGGAUCUGAACAAAGCCUGCGGGAAUUCAAUGGACGCUCAUGAAGCUGCACAGAUGCACCAGAACUUCUCCCAGCAGCUGCUGCAGGAUCACAUCGCCGCCUGCAGUCUGCCCGAACACAACCUCAUUAGUUGGACAGAUGGCCCUCCACCGGUGCAGAUUCAAGCUCAGAACGGACCAACAACCAGCCUGGCCAGCCUGCUCUAACACACACACACACACACACACACACACACACACACACACACACACACACACACACUGUACAUACAGGUCAGACUCCUCACAGCUCUCCUUGUCUGUCACCUGCACAUUUUAUCUUGUAUUAUUCAGAUUUUUAACUUAUUUCAACUCGUUCACGGUUUAGAGUCACCUGCUCUUCUUUAGGAUCAUAUAUGGGAUCAUUUGAGAAGGAAUUGAUUGAUUGGACAUCCACACUUGACCGGUUGCUGUGGAUGUGCAGAUGGUGGAACCAGUGAAAUCAUCAGCAGUGUGUCGGCUCCGAACACUCAUCAUUCUUUUUACUGACGUCACACAGAGCUCACGUGAAUCUGGACGGGACGUGUCGUAUUGGAACCAAGAUGGACUCAUGUCCUGAAGAGGAGAUGGAUUUAGUUCUAAUAGUUCUGUCUAGUUGUCCUCCGUGUUCACUUGGUCACGAUUGGGUGUUUAAACGAGCAGCUAAAAGCACCAAACGAGAGAACACGCCAUGACAUCAUUCGAUUAUUAGUAUGUGCGUUUGGAAGAACGUCGUCAUGCUGUUUUAGCAUUAUUAUUAUUAUUAUUAUUAUUAUUAUUAUUCAUUUAUUUUUGGAUCUAUAUUUGAGAGUAACACACCAGGUGAUCUUUAUCUGCGCUGUCUGGUCAGGUGACGCGUGUGAAGCGGUUAAAUAAACACCAACUGGACGAAAGUGUCGUAUUCAAUUUCACGACAAGCCUUUUUAUUAACUCUAAAUGUGUGUUGAUGCAAGAGGGAAUCUCACGAAACCGGUCAAGAACACGUCUGGCGCAAUCGAAAGACAUAUUGUAUUUAGCUUAAAGAACAUAGUUUUGGUUUUCAAUUAAACACCGUUUCAGCCCAAAUUAUUACAGUAAUGAGAAUGGAGAAUGUGUCGUUCAUUGACAUUAUUUUCUUUGUAAUAAGAGCCGAACAUGUUUUGUGAGAUUCACACAUUACAUGUAAACGUCAGUUACACGCGUGUCAUUAAACAGGAGAAUAUUUCUUACACACUAACAUAAACUCUGACGUGUGUUUCCAGCAGAGGAAGUGCGUGUGUCAUGUGACUAGCAGACCGUGCUGUGAGCUCUGACGCGGUUUGACGUUACCCAGAAAGCACUGUAGAAACAUACGUGUGCAGUUGAUUGGAUCUCAGACAGUUGGCCAGUGCAGGAUGUUAAAAUGAUCAUUUCCGAAACUUUUCUAUUGUUGAAUAUUUUUAAAGCCCGUCUCAUUUUCUGCUCUUGAUUAUUUUGUACUUGCACGUCUCGACACGGCUCAUGUUUUACUCUGUGGGAAAGUCAUUUCUGUUCAAGGUAUUUACAUCUGUGUGUCUGUAGUUUUAACAAUUACAUUUAUUACAUUUCGUCAAGUUUGAGUAUUUAUAUAGUACACUUAACAAUAUUAUAAUCUUUGUCAUUUUGAUUUGGAACAGCAUUUGUUUGUAUAAAUGUCACAAAGCCGUCGUCUGUAGUUUACGGUCACAUGCGCCACUGAUCGCAGGUCAACGGCUCGUUAUAUUCAGCCACUGUCUCUAAUAACUGUAUUUUAAACUCUCGUAUUGUUUCUUUGUGUCUGCCUCAAAAUCUUCUGGAUUUUUUAAAUAAAAUUGUAGAACUGUAUGAGCCAUUCUGUGUAUGUUGAUUAGGAUUGAAGUUGAACUGAGAUGUUGAUAAAGUCAUUAUAGAACUGAAGAGUUGUCCAGAAAAUAUUAAUGAGUAAAGAACUUCAUUAUCAUCACACGUGUCUCCGGUAAACACAGUAUGUGUAAGGAGACCAUUAACCUUGUGUGACCCCCGUGAAACUCACCGCUGUAAAACAGAUGCACAGACACCAUUUCCUCCGAAUUUCUGUAUUCCAGCGCUUGUCUCUUGUGUUGAAGAACCUCUACCUUCACAAUGUAAGUGGACUGAGUCGUAAGGGAACGUCUCUGAGUCAUUGACAAAUUAUGUUGCCCGCGCUGGUAAAAAUGGUCCAUGUUGGGGGUCUGGGUAUCUCAGCGAGUAUUGACGCUGACUGUCACAGCUGGAGUCGUGAGUUUGAAUUCAGGGCGUGCUGAGUGACUCCAGUCAGGUCUCCUUAGCAACCAAAUUGGCCCAGUUGCUAGGGAGGGUAGAGUCACAUGGGGUAACCAAAUUGGCCCGGUUGCUAGGAAGGGUAGAGUCACGUGGGAUAACCAAAUUGGCCCGUUUGGGUUUCUCCAAAUAUAACGAGUGGACUUCGAUCUGACCAUAAUACCUUUAUGCCACACAGCACCAGAAUCCCUCAAGUGACUAAACGAGACUUAGAGACCACUUCUUCAGAAAAGGGUUCUGUGUGUAAAGUGUGGGAGGUUGUUGUCACAAUCUCCGCAAUAAGAACUUGUAAAGUUGCCUUUGGCCUCUUAAUAUCUUCCCUGAUCAAUUUGAAGGGACGACCCGAUCUAGGCAAGGUUUUGGUGCUGCCAUGUGCUCAAAUUAUUAGAUAAAGCCUUUGAAAUCUUUUAUACCCUUCUAAACUUUCCACAAUUGUCUCCCAAACCCUUAUGAAAGCAUCUUUCCGACCAUGUUGAGUUAUUAUCAUGCACUACUGUUAAUGGGACCCUCAUGGAACCGCCGGUCCUACAGCUGAUGUCAGGCCGGACCUGUUAGCAGGUGUGUGAUCUGAAAGCUGAUUGGUUGCACCUGAGCGAGCUCUUAAUGGGACUGAUGGUCUAACCCAGGUUUAUUCCCACUUGAUGUUUGAUUGUGUAAUGUGACAUCAUGAGGGUUUUAACAAGGUAUGAUGAGUUUUUAGGCACUGUAUUGUGUGUACUAUAUAAUAAUAAAAGAUUCUAACAAACUAUUCAUCAACAUUAUUUUAAGAAUAUUUACUGAUCAUAUAUA